AUGGCUUACUUGUUUAACAUAUUUGCAUUUGUUGUCAUUGGAAUUGCCGGUUCUCAUUUCCGAGGUACUUCUGCGGAAGCCAACUCAUCGACACGCCGUUGGAGAAAAAGACCUAUUCACCAGCUGAAUCUCACCGUAGCCUGGAUUGAAAGACCUCCAUAUUUAAAUUCCCCUUCUAACGAAUCCAUUGAAGACGAAGUCGCUGGGUUGUUUCGAGAUGUAGUUUUAAAGUAUUUGAUUUCUGAAUGUGGUUAUACCGAUGAAAACUACAGAUAUAUUUACAAUGUGAAAACAAAGAAAGCUCAAAGUGAAUUUGAAAUGAUCGAGCUGUUGAGGCGAGACGAAGCGCACAUAGCUGCUCCUAUAUUCAAACAACAACACGAUGAGCAUUACAGUGAAUUUCUAUUUUUCAAAGUGCUUAAUUAUCCUGGAACCGAAUACAUAACAACAGCUGAAGAGGAAACCAGAGCUAUCAUUGUAGUAUUUAAUUCUUUGCUGAAGUCUUGGCCUUUGCUUGCCUUUACACUGAUCCUCACGGCCAUAGCUGGAAUUAUCAUCUGGGUACUUGUAAGUAUUACUCUACUCCUGAUUUUAAGGUUCUUGCAAACUUCCUACCCACACAAAUGCGAGCCAAAAAAGUUCCUUCUAUUUCUAUCUCCCUUUAAAUUACAUUAUCCCCUGAACUCAUACAGCGUUUUUGAAGUAACUCAGUGGGUGUUCCGUAAGAGGCGUUUCUUUAAGUUCCACAUGAAGCUAAGCCUUAAGAACCAAUGGAAAAGUAACAUCAAAAAUCAACAAGUUUAUUCGAUCUCACUAAAUAUCCAACUGCAGCUUUGCUUUGUUUGUCUGAUACAUUCAAUCUUAACAAUAACAUACUGCAGACGCAUUUUCGAAACUAUACAAUAGUUUAGUACCCUUCCGCUCGAUGUUUGGACUGAAUUGGUGAGAUUUUGACUUACAAAAACCAGUCCAGUUUUGACCAUAUCAAGAGGGUCAAUGACCGUUGAUAAUAGAUAUUUAAUAUGAUUAGUGAUUUUAAUGUACACCCGUGCGAGAACCAACAUUGCUUUGACAAGGGGCUAGUACUCGAAACUCUUUACGAAAGCUAACUUACGUUGUCAACUCAGUUGAUGAUACUAAAUUACCCUGUUAUACUCUCCCACCAACGCAGCACCACAGUUUCUUUAGAAACUUACCCCUUUAUUCAUUAAUCUUCCUUUAGCUAACAACUAUAUUUGAAAUCCUAGGAUUCAUAUUGGAACAGUGAAGAGUUUUCGCGUUCAUUCUUCAGAGGCUCCUGGGAUGGUUUUUGGUGGUCUUUCAUUUCCAUGACAACCGUAGGGUGAGGAGAGCUCUAAGUAUUAGGAUUUAUCCCAAAUCAUAAUUGAGGUGUCAGUUACAUAUUGAUCAGGUGACGUUUGAUUUCUUACAAUGUAUUUCAUGCAGAUUUUCCCCUUUUCUGGCGAGGACCAGGCAAAAUUCAUACAUUGUACUGCUAGAGUGCUCCCGAAAAUCUGUCACAAUGCUUCAGCUUUAGCUAAUUAGUCAGUAAAAGUAUAACUAUUGACUUUAGACUUCCCAUAAUCAAUUUAGCUUAUUAAAUCACGACAGAGGAGGUCGAGCAGUUAAUCGCAGUUGCGCUCUCUGAGCUAAUGCUCUCCUAUCCACAAAACUGAUCACACGUUUCAUAAAAACGUAUUUUCUGUUUGUUCUUUGCUAGAUAUGGAGACAAGGCUCCAAAAUCUGUUCUGGCUCGUAUAUUCUCGGUCAUCUGGAUCCAGUUUAGCCUUAUAAUCAUGGCUGUCUUCACGGCAAAUGUAACAUCUGCAUUGACAGCUCUUUCUUUGCAUCUGGAACCAACCAGCCUUGACGCCGUUGAUGUUAGUGCAGAUAAUUUGACAUUGCAUUAUAUCAGUUUUAAUGAGCCAUAACAAGGCAUCUGUUUUACAACCCUGCAGACUCCAAGAAACUUAUAUAGAGAAUUGUCUCUAUUUUAGUAAUUGACUAUCCAUAAAAAACAAGGACCAUGUAAAAGAAAAAAGUAGCCAAAACGGAUAACAUAAACUUCCUAUCAUAGUACGGCACUUUCUACAAAUGGGGCUCACUAGACUUAAAACAUUUAUCUGCGAUUCUUUGUAUAUGUGCUGUUCUUGGUUUUAUUACUAACGUAUUUUCUUUGGAGUCUUUCAAGUAAGAAAAGUCAUGUGGAAUUUAAUCUGUCCAAAUUACCAUGAAUGUUAUUUUGCGCUUUAUCCUUAGGUUGCAGUGUUGAGCAAUGGAACCGAAUACCAACAUGCGCUAAAAGAGCAUGCACGUCCGAAAGGUCAAUGGGAAAUCAAUUUAGCUAAACUAGAUAUUGACAUAUAUAACAAACAGAAUUAUGAAGUUGGUAACUCUUGGUAACUUUUUGAUCUCGGUAAUGGAAUAGAGAGAGACUUUUUUUUUUAAUUCGUCAAUAGCAUAGCAAAAAUAAACGAUUCUGAGUCCCCAUAAGGAAUCGUAUUUAAGACUCUGUGGUGAGUUAGGGGUAUAACUUAACAAAUGCAUGUGAUGUGCGUCCUGCAUGCUGCUAGGUUCAGUAAUGUCAAAAGCGUCGUGCGCAUAAACAUAAUAAGAAAGAUAAAAAAAAUUUAGUCAAUGAGUAUAACAGAAAAAAAAUUUAUGUUCCUUUUUGUUGCCAAAUGGGAGAAAAAUUUCGAAAAAUAUGAAACUUCUGCAGUAGUCAUUUUACCAAGAAAAGCACAAUUUCAAAGCUCUGGACUGCAUAUUUGCGCUGCGUUGCCAGCAUCUGCUUUAAUUUUAAAACAUUUAUGACGAAUGCAAGAAAUAGCAUAUUUGUUACAAAAACAGGAUUAAAAAGCAAUAACUGAAAAAAAAUUAUUUAAAGAGACGUCAUCUAUUAUUCCGUCUUCGUAGUGUUUAACAGCAUCGAUGAUGCCAUUGAAGCACUGGAAUCAAAGCAAGUCAACGGAAUGUUAUUGGACCGCUACGCUGCUUCCUAUUAUCAAAGAGAUGGCAAACUGGAAUCCCUUGUAACUGUCAAGAAGUUAGAUCUACAAAGAGACAUAGGAGCGCUGUUUCAUAACAACCGAAAGGCGCUUGCCGAGUGCUUAAUAAACAGUUUCCGUUCAGACAUAUGGAGAUCGGUUCAAGGCAUUACUGACUUAUACAAGGUAAUCUUUAAAGUAAAGAAAGAAGGACUUGAAAUUUUGGCAUCAAAUUUCUAGAUUCUUUAUACUACGAGUAGAAUCAAGUAAAGUUGAUAAUGUAAGUGGUGCUUGUGCUGUACGGUAAAGUGCGAUAUGAUAAGCAAUGUUAAUAACACACGCGAAGUCAGCGGCAGCGUUGUAGUAAUCGUGUGCCAAAUAAGGUAUUAACAAACAGACAAACCAACCACAAAUAACAACUCACCAUAAAGCAAAGGAUAUCAUAUGUUAUUUCAUGGUUUUAUUUCAUAAUUAGUUAACACAAGAAAGGCCUCCGACAAGCUUCAAUCUCUUUGACGAAUCCUCCCCAUUCGUCAGAAAUUCCAUGUAUACAUCACUUGGAGUGUUGGCUGUUUUGCUUGUUAUUGGUAUGUCGUGGGAAGUGCUCAUUAGACUGAAAGGAAAAGGAAAAGGAAAUGUCGUCAUGCACGUAGGUGAGCGUGUUGAUCAAUUUUCUUUAAAAGUAAGCUUUAAUAUAAAUUAAUACAUACCACGCAGCUGAAGGGAACUUUUCGCGCGCACUGAUUGGCUAAUUCGGAAGUGAAUAACAAGUACUCUCCACCUCCGAGAGGCAAAUGAGACAAAAUCGCGCGUCAGUAGUUUAAUGUCCGACCAUUUUUCGGUAUAUUGAAACAAAUAACUUGUUUUUUUAUCUUUGUGGUAUAAACUAAAUAAUUAUUCACCUCAGUGUCGUUAAAAGUGGUGGAUAUUUACCUCGCCACUUCGCCGCUCUGCAGGUAUCCGUCACUCUUCACCUCCUCUAAGGUGAAUAAUUGUUGAAUAAAAAGUAGAGAUCAGCAAAGCCGUACAACGAUUCAAGGUCUCACCAACGGAAAUGAAGAUGGAAGGCAAGAGAUACGCUUGACCAAAAUUUUCAUCACUGUUCUUAAAGAUGAGGGCCUUUUUGGGACGGAUUGAUAGAGAUUCAGUCCUUCUGUGUUUCAAAAAAUUCUUCAAAAAACACUGAUAUGUAGAGAACUUGUGUUGAGCAUAUUCCCUAAAAAUUUGUUCAUAUUUGUAUUAAUUUCAAAUAAUGAAGAUAACGUAAGGAAAAAUGUCAUUAUGUAAAUUUAAAAAGUAAAAAGCUAAAAAAUGUUUAAGAGAUUAAAAUCGAUUCUAAUUGAAAACGCGAACGACGAAGGCAAAAGAAAAUAUGAUAUAACAUGAAAACUUAAAGAAUACUUUACCAGUUGCAUUCGAGUGGAAAGCUCUACCACGUCCCUGUAGUUAUACUAUGUCUCUAUAAUGAGGGUGAAUUACUGGUUUCUACUUAUUGUAAAUGCGACUGCAAAGUGAAAAACUUUGAGAAUUAAAGAGCCUAUGACGAUAAAUUCAAUUCAUGCUCUGUUCGCAGCGACUGUUGAGUACAGCGAGUAUCUUCUGGUAACUUCAAUGUUUAACAUUGUACCGUGGAACGAUAACCGCAGUUUUUAAAAUUACGAUUUUUCUUUUUCGUAGAUGAGGUCAUUAAUAAAGGAUGGGUCUCAGAGGGAGAAACAGUUCGCGCCGAACUUGAAGUAAUGCGACGGCUCCUGCGCACCACACAGGAACAGUUUGACAAACUGGAGUCCAAAGUUUUUAAUAUUAGACUGAAAUGA